CAACCACGCAGCCUCAUCAUGCUUUUUAAAAUACAACAGUGGACUAUAAGUGGCUAUAUCAGACAUAAGAGGGUUCCCUCCUUUCUUUUUCUUUUUAAAAAAAUGAUUUUGUAAUGAUGUCUUCUCAAGAAACACUGUAAUUGGUCAGCCUAGGGUGCGUUUUUUGUCCUCCCAUAUAACGUCAUUAGCUAUUCUCAGGAGAGGAAAGGCAGGGUAUGCCCCCUGGGAGAAUGACAACACUUGUUUCAAGUUGGGGAAGAGCCUGUGGGUCUUUUCCUGCGUUUGGGGGAAAGCGAACACACAAUGUUCGUUUCCUAAAUACGGGAUGUGCUGUGUGGCUGGCAGGUCAUUUUCCACCAUGUCACAUCCUUCUGGUUGAAGGCAGCAGGGGCUAGGACAGGAAAUGGCAAAUUCUCAGAAUGAGACAAGGCUUUCCCAGGGCAGUCAUUGGUUCUCUGGGACUAUAAAACAUGCUCAUCCAGAAACAGCCUCAGAUUUUUCUUUCCUGGAGGUAGCCAGAAGUGAAUGGGCAUGGAGCGGCCUGCGGCCCGGGAGCUGCAGGGCGCCGACGCGCUGCGCCGCUUCCAGGGGCUGCUGCUGGACCGCCGCGGCCGGCUGCACGGGCAGGUGCUGCGCCUGCGCGAGGUGGCCCGGCGCCUCGAGCGCCUCCGCCGGCGCUCCCUGGCGGCCAACGUGGCUGGCAGCUCGCUGAGCGCCGCGGGCGCCGUGGCCGCCAUCGUGGGGCUCUCGCUCAGCCCGGUCACCCUGGGCGUGUCGCUGGUGGCGUCGGCCGUGGGGUUGGGGGUGGCGACCGCCGGAGGGGCCGUCACCAUCACGUCCGACCUCGCCCUGAUCUUCUGCAAUUCCCGGGAGCUGCGCAGGGUGCAGGAGAUCGCCGCCGCCUGCCAGGACCAGAUGCGCGAGAUCCUGAGCUGCCUCGAGUUCUUCUGCCGCUGCCAGGGCCGCGGGGACCGCCAGCUGCUGCAGUGCGGCCGGAACGCCUCCAUCGCCCUGUACAACUCUGUCUACUGCGUCGUCUUCUUCGGCUCACGUGGCUUCCUUAUCCCCAGGCGGGCGGAAGGGGCCACCAGGGUGAGCCAGGCCGUGCUGAAGGCCAAGAUUCAGAAACUGGCGGAGAGCCUGGAGUCCUGCACCGGGGCCCUGGACGAACUCAGCGAGCAGCUGGAGUCCAGAGUCCAGCUCUGCACGAAGGGCGGCCGUGGCCGCGACCUCAAGAUCUCUGCUGACCAGUCCGCAGCGCUGUUUUUCUGAGAACAUCCUUUCCCUUCAUGACCGAGGCCAGAAACCAUCCCCAUGGGAUGCUCCAGAUUUGUAGCUCCCUCAGGAAAACAACACCAAGUUGGAUGAGGAGCGGAAUGCAAAGGAUGAGAAAGACUGUUCUUGAAACUGGGGGGAAGGAGGGAGUGCUCAGAGCCCUUCUUUUCCCGUCACCGUGGCAUCCUGCCUGGGGUUGUGUGCUAGGGACUUUUUACUUGCCUAAUCCUAUGGGCUAUGUGGACUGAAAACUCUUGUUCCUUUAUCAAAACCGUUCAGUUGCCACACUGGUGAGCGCCCCUGUAUUAAAGUUGACUCGGGGUCCUUGCCCCAGCCCUGGUGGUUUGAGCAAAGGUUGGGGAGGCUGGGUGUGAGGCCACCCUCUGGGGCCUCUCCAAGCCCCACUAGGCUCUGAGGUCCUCAAAAUGAGGAGGAGACACUAGCUUUUAAAACUUCUCUUCCAGAGUUUCUGAGUAUAAACUCCAAGUCCAGAACAAAUCAGGUCCCUCUGAACUGUGUAGCAGGGUUCAGGACCCAAAAGGGGCCUCUCCCAUUCACACACUCUUCCUUCCACCCUCUGGGUGCCUGCUCUCAAAUCCAGCCUGGGGCAGAGUGGGUAUUUCUGAAGGGCUUCAUAGCCAGACCUCCGGAUAUUCUGGGAGGGAAACCCAAGUAAACGGUCAUCUGAAUCCCACCCCCUUGCAACAAGCCGCUGAGGCCAAGGGCGAUGAAGUGAUGCACAACCUUCCUUACCCGCAUCCUAGUGCACAGAAGAGAGCAGUGGCUUUGAGUUAGUCCUGGGUUUAUUAUAGGCUCUGUCACUACUGUGGGACCUUGGCCACUUAAUUUCUCUGAGACUUGGCUUGCUGGUCUGUGAAA